UCGGAAAUAUUUACGUCAGCCACGUUGGAAGUGCCAACUCGGUGUUUUUAUGUUGGUAUAGUGGAUUAUCAAUCACGAUGAAGCUGAAGGAGUUGAAGAAGACCGUGAACAUAAGCUGGUCGCCGGCGGGGAUGCAGCAGGUUCUGCUGGCGGCUGGCUCGGCGGCGCAGCAGGUGGACUCUUCCUUCAGCUCGUCCUCACAGUUGGAGCUGUACGCCUUGAACUUGGACGACCCCGGGAUGGAUCUGGAGCUGAAGUCGAGCGUUACAACACAGCACAAGUUUCAGAAGCUGGUGUGGUCCGAUUCUGGCAUAUUAGUCGGUGGCUGCGACGGCGGCCUACUGGAGUUCUACAACGCUGACAAACUGCUCAGCAAUGCCAGUGAUGCACUGGUUGGGAGCAGCACCAAACAUAGUGGUCAAGUGUCAGCGCUGGACAUCAACCCGUACCAGAAGAACCUGCUAGCGUCUGGUGCGUCCGAGAGCGAGAUCUUCAUCUGGGACCUUAACAACACCAGCCAGCCUAUGGCGCCCGGCAACCGCAGCCAGCCGCCCGACCACGUACAGGGCCUGGCGUGGAACCAGCAGGUUCAACACAUUUUAGGAUCCACAUUUGCGACAAGAUGUGUAGUCUGGGAUCUAAGAAAGAAUGAACCUAUCAUGAAACUUAGCGAUGCCACAUCUCGCACGCGUUGGCGCUCGCUGGCGUGGCACCCGGGCGUGGCCACGCAGCUGUGCGUCGCCUCCGAGGACGACCAGGCGCCCGUGCUGCAGCUGUGGGACCUGCGGUUGGCGGCGUCGCCGCUUCUCACGCUGGAGGGUCACCAGAAAGGUGCCCUCGCGUUGUCGUGGAGCCGCCACGACCCUGACAUGUUGCUGUCAGCUGGCAAGGACGGACGCAUCCUCUGCUGGAACCCCAAUAAUACUGCGCAGCCGGGCGGCGAGCUGGUGAUGGAGGUGGGGCAGCAGCGGCAGUGGGUGUUCGAGGCGCGCUGGUGCCCGCGCGCGCCCGGCCUGCUCGCCGCCGCGUCCUUCGACCAGCAGCUGGCCGUCCACACCGUGCUGCCUACGAGUCGACCGGAAGUGACCAGCCAGUCCCAAAACAACAUAAUGGAGUCGUUCGGCGGCUUGGAAUCGUUCAGCCAACUGCCAGCGGUGCAGCGCGAGCCACAGAACGUGGCCCAGACGCCGCGACAACUGCCGCAGCCCAGCAGAGCUCCUGCGUGGUUGAGAAGGCCUGUCGCUGCUAAGUUUGCUUUUGGCGGUAAAUUAGUUACGUUCGAAAAAUGCCCACAAGAAGCCGGCCCACAAAAAAUGGUGUACGUCAGUCAAGUGGUGAGUGACCCCGAGGUGAUCGAGAAAGCAGCGCAGCUGGACGCGGCGCUGGGCCCCGGCCUCACCUACGACCCGCAGAACGCACAGCACUUCGCCGAGUACUGCCGAGCGCGCGGCGACGCGGCGAGCGAGCAGCACGAGCGCUACACGUGGUUCUUCCUUCGCGCCAACUUCCUGCCCAACUUCAGGGAGGAGGUGCUCAAUUUGCUCGGGUUCAAGCAAGACGAUAUCCCGUCGAAGUUCAAAAGCAACGGCGUUCCCGGCGACGGCACGCAGCCAGACGUCGCCGCCCUCAGCCGCGGCGAGUCCACGGAAACCGAGGCAGAGCUGUCCACUGACACCAGCACCGAUUUGUCGGAUGCCACAACCCUGAUCGAAAGAAAACUAGCAAAUGUGGACAUCGGAACUGCCGUCACGAACGUCGUCAUACCUAACGGGGAAGACCCGACGAGCCUGAUCUGCCGCGCUCUAAUCUGCGGCAACCUGGAGGAGGCCGUAGAGCUAUGCCUGGACGCCUCGCGCGUCGCUGAUGCACUCAUUAUCGCUUCUCUUGGCAGCCAAGAGCUCCUGUACAAAGUUCAGAAGUACCACCUGAAGCAAACGGCGUCGGACCCGGUGUCCCUGAUAUCGGGCAGCUUACUGCAGUCUCGAUGGGACACGUUAGUACAGUCGGCGUCGCCUCGCAACUGGCGGGACACGCUGGCCGCUAUUGUCACGCACUGCGACGGCGAGGCGCUGGCGCACUACUGCGAAAUGCUGGGCGACAAGUUAUCUGCCGAGUCGGAGCCAGCACUAAAGGAGGCAGCGUCCCUGUGUUACCUAUGCGCUAUGUCUCCUUCGCCGCUAGCUGCGUUGUGGGCACGGCGCGCGGACGCGGCCGAGCGCGUGCUACUAGCUGGCCGGGCUGCCGCCGCGAGAGGACGUCAGUGGCAGGCAGUGGUGCUGAGUCCAGGAGUCUCUGUGCUACCUGUGCGCUGUGCUAUACCACAGGCAACUGUGCUGAGCCCAGGAGUCUCUGUGCGCCAUGUUCCCAUCACCGCUGGCAGCGCGCGGACGCGGCCGAGCGCGUCCUGUUGGCCGGACGGGCUGCCGCCGCGAGGGGACGCCAGUGGCAGGUGGCUUUGUGGAGAUCAGGCGUCCCUGUGCUACCUGUGCGCCAUGUCUCCGUCACCACUAGCUGCGCUGUGGGCACGUCGUGCGGACGCGGCCGAGCGCGUGCUAUUAGCUGGCCGGGCUGCCGCCGCGAGAGGUCGUCAGUGGCAGAACGGCGACAAGCUAGAAGCGGUCCUCGUGGAGUACGCGUCGCGGCUGGCGGCGCAGGGCUGCCUGCAGAGCGCGCUCAGCUCGCUGGAGGGCCUGGCGCACACCGAGCUGCGGGAGCGGCUCGAGCGCGCGACCGGGCUCCCGCGGCCCGCCGCCCAGGUGAGUCCAGCGGCGCAGGGCUGCCUGCAGAGCGCGCUGAGCUCGCUGGAGGGCCUGGCGCACACCGAGCUGCGGGAGCGGCUCGAGCGCGCGACCGGGCUCCCGCGGCCCGCCGCCCAGGUGAGUCCAGCGGCGCAGGGCUGCCUGCAGAGCGCGCUCAGCUCGCUGGAGGGCCUGGCGCACACCGAGCUGCGGGAGCGGCUCGAGCGCGCGACCGGGCUCCCGCGGCCCGCCGCCCAGGUGAGUCCAGCGGCGCAGGGCUGCCUGCAGAGCGCGCUGAGCUCGCUGGAGGGCCUGGCGCACACCGAGCUGCGGGAGCGGCUCGAGCGCGCGACCGGGCUCCCGCGGCCCGCCGCCCAGGUGAGUCCAGCGGCGCAGGGCUGCCUGCAGAGCGCGCUCAGCUCGCUGGAGGGCCUGGCGCACACCGAGCUGCGGGAGCGGCUCGAGCGCGCGACCGGGCUCCCGCGGCCCGCCGCCCAGCAGCUACCAGGCCAGUACACACGCAACCGUACCGUGAGCUCGCACUCACAGAAGCGAGCUCACUUGCCUGCACACAGCGACAACAACUCAUACGGUGGAGUGAGUGCGCCUCACGUGUACCAGCAACCGUGGAACGAGCCGCCCGCGCCCGCCGCCCCCUUCCCGCCGCAGCCCCCGCGUCCCGGCAGCGUCGGGCCUCAGUCAGGUGGUCUAACGUCCCGCUCGAAGUACAAAGUGGACCCGUCGGUACAGUCGGCGCCGCUGUACAACCAGUACAGCUUCAACAACCCGGCCGCCGCGCAGCCCUACGGGUAUAACAGUCCCCUGCCGGACCAGUACAGUUCUGCCAGCGUUCCCAACCCUGGUUACGCGCCGGUCACCAAUCCCGUCAACUCCAUCAACCCACCGCCACUGAACCCUAUCAACCCUCCAUCUCUGAACCCCGUCAAUACCGCCCCUCUAAAUCCCAUGAACCCAGCUCCCCUCAACCCACUAAAUACCGCACCACUUAACCCAAUGAAUCCAGCUCCACUUAAUCCAAUGAAUCCCGCUCCACUUAACCCUAUGAAUCCUGCUCCACUUAACCCUAUGAAUCCCGGUAUAAACCCCGUGAACCAGGGAAAUCAGAACGGGUAUUACCAAGAGUCCGCAGCGCCGGUAAAACCCGCCGCUCCAGGGUGGAACGAUCCACCUAUGCUCACUUCAAAGCCUAAGCCGAAGCAAGAAGUCCAAGCGCAAGCCCCGAUCACCCAUCCUCUAUUUGGAGUCGAACCGCCACAGCACAUCCCGCUAGCGCCAAACAACCAAUACCCGGGUCAACAACAGUAUCCGGGUCAAGCAUACCCAGGUCAACAGCAAAGUCAGGUGUACCCGGGUCAGCAGCAGAACCAGAUGUACCAGGGACAGCAACCUGUGCAGCCAUACCCGGGACAACAAUACGCAGGUCAACCGUACCCGGGGCAACAGGCAACUAUGCAGUAUCAAGAUCAGAUGAAUCCUGCAUUCCAAGGAGGGCGGGAGAGCCCAGCGCAACCGGCGGUGCCACCUCCGGCGCCCGUGAAAGCGCCCAUUCCCGAACAAUACGCUGCCAUGGUGGGCGUGUUCGACGCGCUGCGUAACGAGUGCUACAACAGGGCUAACAACCCGCAAAUGAAACGAAAGUUAGAAGACGUGCAAAGGAGGCUAGAAACAUUGUACGAUAUGCUGCGUGAGCACAGGCUGUCCGAAAACGCGCUAUCUACCCUCCAAACGUGUGCUUCGCUCGCUGCGCGCGCCGACACAGAAGGCGCUGCUCACGCAGUCACCAGUCUCGCCGCGGGAGCUGAGUUCGCGGCCGUGGCCAGCUUCCUUCCAGCACUCAAAGGCUUGCUACAGCUGGCCCAGCAUCUACAGGUGCAGUUGCAGUAGCUGGCGAUUGCAGCUGGAGAAAAACGGCUAAAGGAGCUGUGUCACAGAGGCCGAAUUGUAACUUGUUUCAAGCUCUGUAAAACAUAGUCAAUAAGGGACUCCUGCAAGUUGCUCAGGAAACAGCUGUAACUUAUUCAACAGCUCUAUGAGUUAGCAUAAUUCGUGGCAUUGUCAAUAAGGGACUUUUGCAAGUUGCUUAGGCAACAGCUGUACCACAGCUUAGUGAGUUAUAGUGUGAGCAACUCCUGCAAGUUGUUCAGGUAACAGCUGUAACUUUUUCCAUGGCUCUGUGAGUAAACAUAGUCAAUAAGGGACUCCUGCAAGUUGCUCAGGAUACAGCUGUAAUAUAUUCCACAGCUCUGCGAGUUAUAGACUGGGCGUCUUCUGCAAGUUUCUCGGGUUACAUCUCUGUUUGUUAGCACAGUUCGUUGCAUGGUCAAUAACGGUCUCCUGCAAGUUACUCAGGUACAACAGCUGUAACUUAUUCAACAGCUCUAUGAGUUAGCAUAAUUCGUGGCAUUGUCAAUAAGGGACUUUUGCAAGUUGCUUAGGCUACAACUGUACCACAGCUUAGUGAGUUCUAGUUUGAACAACUCCUGCAAGUUGCUCAGGUAACAGCUGUAACUUGUUCCAUGGCUCUGUGAGUAAACAUAGUCAAUAAGAGACGCCUGAAAAUUGCUCAGGAAACAGCUGUAUCUUAUUUCACAGAUUUGUAAGUCGUAGUUUGGGCGACUCCUGCAAUUUGCUCAGGUAACUAACUUAUUUGACAGCUCUGAGAGUAAACAUAAUCAUUAUCAUAUGUGACUCCUGCAAGUUGCUCAGGAAACAGCUGUAAUAUAUUCCACAGCUCUGUGAGUUAUACUUUGGGCGACUCCUGCAAGUUGCUCAGGUAACAGCUGUAACUUAUUCAACAACUCUAUGAGUUAGCAUAAUUCGUGGCAUUGUCAAUAAGCGACUGCUGCGAGCUUAGCAUCUCCUUAAUUAACUGCCAUGGAGUUAUUAUAGUUUGCGGCGUUACCAGCUUACUAACGAUAUAACCUGAUUGAUCAGUAGUUACAAUAUGGUGACUAAAAUCAGAGACUGAUUCCAAAUCUUCCUGUAGCUGGCGAAUUUUGUGUUGGCAACAGACAGGUUACUUUAAGUGUUUCUUAACGAAUUAAUUCUAAAACUGGCUAGUUAUAAACUACUAAUACAAAGUAAUUGGUAGUGUAGCAAUCAGCUCACAGUGUAAUAGUAGGCUGGCAAAGCUGUUAAUCUAUAUUGAAUAUGUAUUAUAAACUAGCCAUUUACUGAUUAAUAUCCAGUUAUAGUAAUAUUUAGGCAUAAAUUAUACUAAAUUACUCGUGUACUUGCAAUGUAUACUUAACAUGUAAACUUAUUUAUAAAUGGCGCUGCAGAGCUUAUUUGUAGACCCAGUAAACGCUGCUUCUGCAGUAUACUUGACUUACUGGUAGAUUAGAGUUUCGGUCGUUAUAAUAUGUACUACUUAUUAAAAUCUAGACUGCAUUUCACUUAACACCAGGUGCGAUUGCGGUCAAAUACCUGCCUUGUUAUGCAUAAAAAAAUCAGUGCACUUAAAUCAUCAUAUAAAGUAUUAAAACAAGAGUCAGAUUGUGGCAUUAAAAUUGUUAUAUCUGACAGCUUAAUUACAUUAUCUAAUUAGAAUGGAGUAGUCGAGAAGAAAUAAUCAUUAAAACAUUAAAUAAGCUAAUAUCUGUCUGUAGUAGAUCUAAAGGUAAUUGAAUUAGUCUAAAACUAAAGGUAGGGUAAAAAGUAGGUUACUUCUUUCUCUAUGAAGAAUACAACGUUAUACGUUAGCUAAAAAGCUGUAUGAAUAAGUAGAUUCGGAGUUCUUUAGAUACUGAACUCUUUUAUGAAAGAGUUUCUUUGAAAAAGUCAUGUAAUAAUUAUUUCUUCUCGGACACUUCCAAUUUUAUACAAUUUACACAUACCCAUUUUCACUUUUGUACUGAUAUUAUCAACAUGUAUAAAGUAAUAUAAAUAAAUAAUUUAGUAAGUAAAGACUUUGUCCAGCAGUGGACGUCAUUUGGCUGAAAAGAAGAAGUAAAGAGGCAGAAUAGUUAAGACGUUUUGGUAAAAGUAAAUUUAGAUAGUGCAAUACAGCUAAGAGCAAAACUAUUUUCCAUUUGCCUUAUAUUGUAAAAUAUUAAGGACCAGUUUUGAAUUUGAGUCAUCAUGUGUCGUAGUCGAGUUUGAGUCAGUAGACUCACUUUAAAUGAAGUUGAAUCAAAUCUUAAUCAUAAGACAUUAUGACGUCAGCACAUUAGGCUAUACAUGAUGUCAUACUUUCAAAUUAUGAAAGAAAAAAAUACAUGUUGCAAAUUUACUCCUAUAACAACUACUUGAUGCCGUGUUUCAUUUGAGGUGUCAUCGUACGUUCCUUGAAUUGUAUUAGAGAGUAAUCAAUGGAAUAUUUGUUUUUAACUAAUUAGAUAAACAAUAAAAGCAUUUAUUUAAAGUAUCAUAUUUAUUGAUUGUAAUAUUAAUAAAAUUUAAUAUAUUUUACCAAUAAUAACAAAAAGGUAGGCCACUGAAGGAAACUUUGCAAUGUAUGAAUGUAUGUGAAUCAUGCGUGUAGUUUUCGUUUAUAGGACGUUUUAAAACUAUUUUAUGACCUAAGCUAUUAUUAUUGUUGGGUAAAGACGACAUAGGAAUCGAAACUAAAGUAGAUAGAUGCAAGUGUUAUUAUGUUGCCAGGAUAAAUAAUUCCCAGUUUCGAUUGUAAAGGUGAGUGCAUAUUUGAUCGUAUAUUUAUUGACCUAAUUUUGAAGUUACGUUAAUGUCAUACAAUAUUUUUUUCGUUUUAAACAGAAAAUAUAAGUACAACUUAUGUACUUUUUCUUUCUUUCCCUCUUCUUUCAUUCUUCCCGUUGACUGUGAAAUGAAGUAAAGACAAUGUCUCAUAGCACAAGUUAAAGAAUUUUGUGUGUACUCACCUUAACAAAUCGAAAUAAACAACUUUAAACAUAACUAGCAUUGUAAUUUUAAACCAAUAGUAAAAAAAAUAUCAUAAUAUUUUCUUUGUCAUUCAUAUAUUAUUAUCUUUUAUUUUUCUGAAUUAUGUGCUAACUGCUAGUUCUAUUAUUAAUUUUACAAAUAAUAAUGAUACAUUAAGUUAAAUAUUGGAGUCCUAUUAAUUAUUAUAAUUCAAACUAUGCCUCAUAAUUUUAGCAAAAUACUUCCGAAAGAACAGUUAUUUUUUCAAUGAAUGUUUUUGAUUUUAAAUCACUGGAUGUGUCUCGUGUUGUUAACUGAUUUGAUAUUUGCUGAAUAAACAAUUAAUAUAUUAUUAACAAUGUGUUAUAUAAUUAUUAUUAUUAUAUUAAAUAAAUUAUAUUUUUAGAAAAUA